UCACAAUUUUGUUUUGGCUUGCUCGGUAUGUGCCACUGGUAAGGCUUCCAAUCGGUCCCCGGAUGGGUUACUCCAACCGCUGCCGGUACCUUCGAGACCCUGGUCCCAUAUCGCACUAGAUUUUAUUACCGCCCUCCCAGGGCAACACGGUUGUUUUAACCGUGGUGGACCGGUUCUCGAAGGCCGCCCAUUUUAUUCCUUUGGCCAAGUUGCCCUCAGCCAAGGAGACAGCGUUGACCGUCAUAGACCACGUCUUUCGUUUACAUGGCCUCCCGAUAGACGUGGUUUCUGACAGAGGACCCCAAUUUGUGUCUAAAUUUUGGCGAGAAUUCUGUAAAUUACUAGGAGCGACUGUAAGUCUGUCCUCAGGGUUUCACCCCCAGAGCAAUGGCCAGACCGAGAGAGCCAACCAAGAUUUGGAAAGGGUGUUGCGAUGUUUGGUCUCCAAGAAUCCUUCCUCCUGGAGCCAACAAUUGUCUAUGGUGGAGUACGCCCACAAUACCUUACCAGUAUCGGCUACGGGCCUAUCUCCUUUUGAGUGUAGUGUAGGGUACCAGCCACCAAUUUUUCCCAGUAUGGAAUCCGAGGUUGCGGUCCCCUCCGUUCACGCCUUCGUCCAGAGGUGCCACCGCACUUGGACCAGAGCCCGCGAGACUCUACUCCAAGUGGGGGUGCGCACCAAGGCCAAAGCCGAUCGCCACCAGUCUAGGCCUCCCGUAUACGUCGUGGGUCAAAAGGUGUGGCUUUCUACUAAGAACAUUCCUCUCCGUUCCGUUUCUAAUAAACUGGCUCCCAAAUUUAUCGGCCCGUUUACUGUCACCAAGAUCAUUAGUCCGGUGACAGUCCGCCUCAAACUCCCUCCGACGUACAGGAGAAUUCACCCCGCCUUUCAUGUAUCCAAAAUAAAGCCUGUAUUUUAUUCUCCCAUUAAUCCGCCUACCCCGGUCCCUCCCCCGCCGCGUCUCGUAGAUGGGGAGACCACUUAUUUGGUUAAUCGUAUUCUGGACUCUAGAAGGAGGGGACGCGGAUUUCAGUACUUGGUGGACUGGGAGGGUUACGGUCCGGAGGAGAGAAGUUGGGUACCUGCUAGGGACAUCCUGGAUCAUUCCCUUAUCGAUGAUUACAAUCGACAGAUCCUGGUGUUUGAUGUCGUGUUCGUGUUGUUCCUGCCUUGCCUUGUCGCCGUUCUGUUCGGAUCCUGUCGUCACGCUUGGAAUACACUCACCACUAUUGGAUUAUCACCGCUGUCAUCGUCGUUCAACGCACCCCACGUCUCAACUCACCAGUCUGUGCUGCCACCGUGGUUCCUGCGUUACUCUCCGACCUUUCAUCAUCAUCAUACUUCUAAUAAACUUACUCGUACUUGCAUUUGUCUCCUGUCCUCCAUUAGCGCCGUUACAGUUGCCAGCCGAUUUAACACUUGUUGA